AUGUCACCUCGAUUGAUUCCAGAUCCACCGGCUCUGGCUCCUCCAGGGGUUCACCAAAGUGACUAUAUUGCCAGACUGAACCGCGCGGCUAACAGGUUCGACGUGCAUCCUUACCAGCCUGGGAAAUAUACACAGCUCGAACUCGAUUCGGAGGAUCCUAUCGCUUCAGGCAGGGACUUGAAGAUUGGCCCUCCAAGUCAAGUUCCAGAUUGGCAUCCUCUUUUACAUAAAUGGGGACUUCAGGUCAUGGCAGCGGCUGGUUUUGUCAACAGCACAGCUUAUUCUGCUCCUGGACAAUUUUACUUGCCAUUAGGCCGCCUUGCGAAAAUUACGGACGAUCAACCAAUACAUCCUGUUUUGAGGGAAGACAUGUGGCACAACCUGUUGCCCGACGAAUACAAACUCAUGGAACCGGCACUACGUCUAGCGUCUGCCAUUCUAGAUGAUCCCGAAACUUUACACUUCUUUGCUGGACUCACAAUUCCGACACGUCAGAUGCCAUGUCGUAUGAUCCCACAUAUUGGUAUUUGUCCCGUCUUUAAUGUCAGCGAUCCACUCAGCGCAGCUGGACUGAGAAACACUUAUAACCGACUAGUCGAUAUGCGUAAUUCUAUGAGAUGGUGUUUGCAGCCUCAGGAAAUGAUGAUGCAAAGAUUCGGCGCUUUCGGUGUCACACAGGCAAUGGUAGACGAUGAUGAUAACACGAUAGAAGGUGCGAGAGGGCCAGCCACUCGGUGCAGCGUAUGUCAUGUAAGCAGAGGAUACACCGACGCUUUGAGAAUGUAUCUGGGCAGUCAUCCCUCGAAGAUUGGGCUUGGAAGGUUCAUCAACGACACACAAUUCCUUGCGGAAAUACCUCUCCAAGACACCAUCAUUAUUGAUGAGGAAAGCGCGAUAAUCCGCAGUACACUUCUUAUGGCAGAUACCAUCGUUCACGAAUUCACGCAUGCAGUCAACGCUGCCUACUUUGAUUAUACCGCAGUAAUGUCUCCUGUUGCAGGUUCCACACCUCAAGUCUGGGAACCCUAUUUCGCCGGCGAUAGAGCCAAUGAGGUGGGACACGUAGUUAGUUCUUUUGUCUUUCGCGGAAACCCUCAGGCCAUCACCCAGUUCUCCAUACCGCAAACUCAACUCUCCCAUAACCAGCAACAACACAUUGGCACAUUGGGGAUGUUUUGGACCAACAAGUGGGACCGCUGGCGGCGUGAUGAUGGCGGCAUCGGCGGCCUUGGUGCGUCAAGAAUCAUCGAUGAUAUCGAUUUUAGCACUCCAGGACUCUACUAUCCAGUUCCUCAAGCGCACACCCAGAAGUUAUUCUCUACGAGACUGUGGCAGGAUGAGAUUCAUCGUUUCGGGCUGAAUGCUCUUCGAUUCCCUAUAUUGGACAAGUGGGCGGCUGAAUGGACUCCACCAAUGUACGAGCAGGGAAAUUGGGGUACAGGUAGUUUCAAUGUUGGGCCUGCUCCAUCUUCUCCUUGA